GCUUGUGACCUCACGCAGGUGUGAUGAAGUCGCUCAAGGCCAUGCUUGGGCUAAAGGCACUAUGAUCUUCCCGAGGGGCUGAAAGAGCGAGGGGACAGGAAAGUGGGCGUCUUGCUUUUGCAUUCAUAGUUAUUAUCCUCCCAAGGAGUCGGUGCACCCGUUCGUCUACACGACCAGGCGCCAAGGGUGCCUCAUCAACUAGUGACGAGUGAAGAGGGGGCGGGCAGAGAUCCGCGAAGGAAGUGACGUAAAACGAGCGCCACAGAGAACGCGAGCCGGGAGUCCGUGGAGGCCAUGGCCCCUCGGCGCCUCCUGUUGGUUGGGGAGGGGAAUUUCUCCUUCGCCGCCGCUCUGAGCGAAACCCUGGAUCAGAACACUCGUCUUAUCGCCACGUGCCUCCAGCGCCCGGCCGAGUUGACCCGGGAUCCAGUGGCCCGGGAGAAUCUGCGGUACCUGCGCGAGCGAGGUAUUGAUGUACGUUUCGGUGUGGACUGCACCCAGCUGGCAGAUGUCUUUGAACUGCACGACAGAGAAUUUAAUCAAAUUUAUUUCAACUUUCCGCAUUGUGGACGCAAAGCUGGCGUAGCUAAGAACAGGGAACUGCUUGCCAAGUUUUUCCAAAGCUGUGCAGACGUUCUUGCAGAGGAAGGAGAAGUCCAUGUGGCAUUAUGUAGAGGACAAGGUGGAACUCCUGCGGAUAAGCCCCAGAGAGAAUGGCACAACAGUUGGCAAGUGGUUGCCAUGGCAGCCCUGGGGGGACUCAUUUUAAGUGACGUAUAUCCAUUCAGCUGUAAGGCUGUGCCAGGGUACAAGUGCACUGGAUAUAGGAGUCAAGAUAAGUCCUUUCAUGUAGAAGGUGCUUUGAACCAUGUCUUCACCAGGAGCUUACCUUUUGAAGUUUCUCAACCCAGAAUCUUCAGGAUCAAAGUGGGUAACCAGUGGUUUUCCUUUCCAGAACCAGAAGCACUUGUAGGAAAGUUGAACAGGGGUUUCCUGGAAGCACCUUCAUGUCAUCCUAUCAAAACCAUAAAUGAGAAACUCAUUGCUGAAUUAGGCAAAGCUUUCCCUCUAAAAAGGCUGAAGUGUUCCUUCCCUUUGCUGCCACAGGAAGAUGCCAAUGUUCUUCCUUUCUGGAAUUGUGACUUUCUAUCAGCUGCUUUUUGGAUUAGUCUCCAUGAAGAUAACUCAAAUUCUGAGUCCCUGACUGGUGGGACAUCACAAGAUGUGGAAGACUUUCUAGUGUCAUUUUCAGAACUUGGCCUUCCCAAGAAUCCUGGAAGAGACGGUAAAGAAGAAGCUUGUGAAGGAACCUGUGGCCAGGCCAAGGUCUGCCUUAGACCUUCUCUCCUAGUGCAUGUUCAGGAUGUCAUCGAAGUACGAGACUUCCUCUCAGGUUCUCUGCACAUCCUCAGUGGACCUGUCUUUCAGAAGUGCCACAUUCUGCCUUUCACAAUGCCAGCAUUUCAUGAGACUUUAUUUAUCCUUGGGUUUAAUCAAAAUCUGAAGGAUGGCUGUCUUCAAUCACUGCUGGAUCAUCUGAAGGGCAUUCUAGAUAGCCUGCUAACCCAGACAUUGCUGGAGAGCUCUAAGCUGAGCAGUUUAGUUGAAUUUGUCCUUCAAUCAAAUGGAAAGGAUUAUAUGAUUCGUGUGAAGACUCAUAAUUUUAGCCCAGAUUGUACUGAGGAUCUAAUUAUUGGGUCUGUUACCACAUCUGCCACUAGUGUUAUACAUAAAGACCAGUGUUUUGUGUUUGUGUCUAUGAACUUGGACUUACUAGCCAUGCUUGUCUGGUGUAUCUCUGACUGGAGAAUGUUGUGGACGUUUGAUAACCGUUUCCUGAAAAAUUUUGUCCCUGGGAAAAUAGAACCCUUCAAAAGUCAUUCUCUGUAUCCUCCAUGUUAUGUGCAUGAUAUUAGUUUUUGGAUAGAUGAGAAGAAAGGAUUUGAUGAACUAGAGUUUCACACUGUGGCCCGAGCAGUGUCCCAGGACACUGUUAUAUCCAUACAGUUUCUUAGCCAUUUUCAACAUCCAAAGACUCAACAGGUCAGUCUCUGCUAUAGAUUGACCUACCAGACCUGUGACAAGGCCCUCACCCAGCAGCAAGUAGCAUCAAUGCAGUCCCAGUUUAGGAAGGAGAUUCAACAACGCCUAUAUGUUAUACCUCGGUAGUUUAGUAAAUCCUUUUCUGCAGUGUGAUCCUUCAUUGUGGGGGAUGUGGAGGAAAAUAACCAACUUGUAACCAGUAGUCCUUUCUGGAUUCUUUUUUUGUAAAAUCUUUCACUUUGUGACCAUAGCUACUGUUUGUUGAUCUUUUCUUUCUUUUUUUUUUUUUUUUGAGACAGAGUCUUGCUGUGUCGCCUAGGCGGGAGUGCAGUGGCAGUGGCGCGAUCUUGGCUCACUGCAGGCUCCAAUUCCCAGGUUCAUGCCAUUCUCCUGCCUCAGCCUCCUGAGUAGCUGGGACUAUAGGCGUCCCCCACCACGCUGGCUAAUUUUUUUUUUUUUUUUUUGUAUUUUUAGUAGAGAAGGAGUUUCACCAUGCUAGCCAGGAUGGUCAGGAUGGUCUUGAUCUCCUGGCCUCGUGAUCCACCCGCCUCGGCCUCCCAAAGUGCUGGGAUUAUAGGCGUGAGCCACCGUGCCUGGCCUACUGUUGGUUGAUCUUAAAAGAUACCGUGACUCUAUCACUGAAACUUAUAGAUUAUAAUGUGAUUGGUGACAUUUGGAGUUGUGUAAUAUUUUGGUCCUGAGAAAUGACUAAAACAAUAAACAAAACAGCAUGUUGUACUUUAGAUGCUCUAUUGCUGAAGAGGCAGUAGAACUUAGGUGUCUCAUCAAAUAUAAAGAUGUUUUCCACACUGUCAAUUACUCUUCCCUUAAUUUGUUGUAUCAUUUCAUUAAAUCACCUUAUGAGAGUAGUUUUUGGAGUCAGACUAACAUUUAUUAGCUUGGUAAGUUGCAAAUAUUCCACAUUAGUUUUGGUAUUAUUAUUAUCAUCAUCAACAUUUUAAUUCUGUGGUUGAAAGUCAUGGAACUAAUAAAGUGUUAGAUUUAGGGUUAA